CUGCCGAACCUGUGUACUCUCCUACCAUGGCUGGUGGCCUGUUUUCCAUAGAUCGUAAAUUCUUCGAAUUGUUGGGCACCUAUGAUUCUGGCUUUGAUAUUUGGGGUGGUGAAAAUCUGGAAUUAUCAUUUAAAACAUGGAUGUGUGGUGGCACCUUGGAAAUUGUGCCAUGCUCACAUGUGGGUCAUAUAUUCCGCAAAAGGUCGCCAUAUAAGUGGCGUUCAGGCGUUAAUGUACUUAAAAAGAAUUCGGUACGCUUGGCUGAAGUCUGGUUGGAUGAUUAUGCAAAAUAUUAUUAUCAACGGAUAGGCAAUGACAAAGGUGAUUAUGGUGAUGUCACGUCGCGAAAAGAAUUACGGUAA